CACACACACGCACGCACACACACACUCAGUCAUACACGCAUACACACGCAAAGGUGUGCGUUUGCCUCCGUCGCCGCCGUCUGUGGAUGGGCGAGUCGCCGUUCCGACGCGUUUAGUGGAUGAAGAUGGCGGACAGAGCCGAGAUGUUCUCCCUCUCCACCUUUCACUCCCUCUCUCCUCCGGGAUGCAGGGCAGCGCAUGACAUAAGUCUGGAAGAAUUUGAUGAUGAAGAUCUGUCCGAGAUUACAGAUGACUGUGGCAUCGGCCUCAACUAUGAUUCUGAUCCCUAUGAAAAGGACUCCCUCAUCCUAGAGAAGAGUGAUGUCCAUCAUACUGUUUGCUCAUUCCAAGACGACUUUCAGGAGUUUGAGAUGAUUGAUGACGAAGAUGAGGAUGAGGAGGAAGAUGAGGAUGGAGAGGCAGAUCCCGAUGCUCCACCGUCUCCUUCCACAUCUCCUCCUCCUUCCCCUACUUUCGGUUCACUUAAGAGCCGCCCCACAACCUUAAACCUGACCACUGCAGUUUCACAGGAUUCCUUGAACAACAACAGUAGUGUAUCUCCACGAAAAUCAAGCUGGCAGGAAUCUCUUCGCAACACCACGUCACAGGGUCGUAUGUCUCCAAGCCACACUUGCCUUGAGGAUGGUUCCCACGUUACUGGCACAUGUACAGGGGUUCCCGGCACCACCAUCUCUGCCAAAGGUACUCCCCCAAACCCACCUGGCCACUGUGGUCUCAAUCAGUCACCUGGCAGGCCGCUGCUGUACGACUUUGAGGGCAACAGACGCGAACGUCUCGAAUACGGUUCAUUUGGUCAGCACAACUCCUCGGGUGGUCCUGAAGUCACUGAGAUAAAGUCUACAGUUGAAGAGACUCUUGAGGAACGUGUCCCCUCAGGUGAUGAUUGCACUUCCCAGUGCUCUGAUACCGAGGUUGACCAUGACCUCAAUGGCCAUGCCAGACGCAGACAAUGCCGUCCUCGACCUGAUGACACAUACACCAUCACUACGGAGACUGCCGAUGACCCAGAGAUGGAGAAUGACUUUACGAUGGAUGGCACCAGCAAGUGCCUAUCCUCUACAGCCCCGAUAGGGAAUGAUGCAGAGACCCCACUAUCAGAUGAGGAGUUAGAUAAGGAAUUUGAGAUUGACUUCAUGAACCAGGAGACCUUUGAUCUGGAUUGUAAGGAAGAAGAAGGCUCAUCCUAUGUAGAGUUUCCCAGCAUUGAACCCACAGAUCCGUCCUCUCUCUCUGUCCAUGCAUUCUCCAGUCAGUCAGAACCCAGGAAUGAGUCUUGCGACUUGCCUCCGAAUCAACAUGUUGCUGCUGCAUCAAACGACACAACCUCUCCAUCCUCUGACCCUGGCAUUGCUGACAUGAAUGCCAAGCGCUAUGCAGAGUCAGACCACCACAGUGAUGACCUUAGCUCCCCUGGAUCUGACUCUGAUCUUGAAGGUGAGCUGGAGGCAGAGUUUGCCUGUGGUGGACCACUGGUUAGUAAUAUGAUUUCAUCGAUCUCUGAGACAGAGCUUGACCUGACAAGUGAGUCCAGCAGUGGAAGGUCCUCACACCUCACAAACUCCAUUGAGGAGGCAAGCUCCCCCACAUCUGACCCUGAGCUGGAUCAUGAGCUUGAUGUUGAGCAGGACAGUGGCAUUGUGGGUCUGAAGACAUCUCUUCUUUUAGGUCAACCUGAGCCCAUUAAACAGGACCUUUCAUUAUAUCUACAGCACAGUCCAGACAUUCAUCCUUUUGAUGAUGAUCAUGCCCUGAUGGGACUUCAGAAUGUGGAUGAAGAGCAAGGGUUUGAGCAUCAAGCUGAUCCUGAUGAGACUCUGCCUCCUGCAGUGCCCUGUGAUGACAGUGCAACUCAGCAACUACUGCUGAAGAUCGAACCAGAUCAUAGCCUGGAAAGCUUUAAACGAUCUUUCUACCUUCCUGUUGAACCUAGACUCAUCCCCUCAGUAGAUGACUAUGAUGGAACCACUGAGGGAGACUCUGAAUCGGAAUCAGAGGAUGAACUUAGUGAGAACUCUGACUCACCAUGGCUCCUUAGUAAUUUGGUCAACAAAAUGAUUUCAGAAGGGUCCUUUCCAAUCCACUGUCCAGAGGAUUGUCUCAGGCGCUCUGCCUCCAUCUCUGACACAAUCUCACCCUCAUCUGACCUGGAGACUGAAGCAUUCAAUGAAAGUGAAGGUUACAGGACACAGACGCCAAAAUAUGAAGAAGACUCCCAGGAAGAGCUGUUGGUAGGCUCAGAAAUGAGGACAGAUGGAGAAAAAGAGGACAGAAGAGGCAGUUGUGGAUCUGAAGAGGAGCAACAAAGCAAGGCUCUCGGCUCUUGUCUAUACAUGAGCAAUCCUACACAUGACACCGUAGUUCCUGUGUGCUUGGAGAGAUAUCACUCCAACAACACAAUUCAGGACUGUACAUCCCAGAGGUUACUGAAAAAUCAACAUGAAGAGGAAGAGCCAAAUAAUGACUUAAUGAUGGACAGGAUGAAAGAUCUGGAUUCCCCCAGCCUGAGUGAGAGCAUCAUCAGUGACAAGGAUGAGGGGCGAGAGACAAGAGUGGAUCCACUAGCUCUGGAGAAAAUGACAGAGGUUAAAAACAGUCUGACGCUUGACAUCCCAACAGCACAGACUAAUCGCUGCUUCAGCCUCACAUACUCUACAGAUAAUGAUGAAAAUGAACAAGAUGCAUCACCUUUCCUAGAGGCCAUUCACAAUCCCCCCUCACCCUAUGGAGACGACACUUACCUGGACAGUUCCCCACCUAUUGACGAGAGUGUCCGAGAGUUGCGCAAUACCUUUGAGCCAGCAGAUGUCAGACCUGUCAAUGACUCCCUGGCUUAUGACUCAGUAAAAUACACCUUGGUUGUGGAUGAAAAUACUACUCUUGAGCUGGUGAGUCUAAAGCGAUGCACCUCUGUUCUGAGUGAUGACAGUGAUGGACUCUCCACGGUUUGUGACGAAGACGCUGCUGACGAGGAUGAAGAUAUCUAUGGGCAAAGCCAGACUGUAGGAGGAAUGCGCCCUGAUCUACUAUUGAGCUCCUCUUCAGAAGAAGAUUCUUCACCAGAGGCAGACCUACCUUUCUCCAAGAAAUUUCUCAACGUGUUUGUUAAUGGCACAUCGCGAUCCUCCAGUACAGAAUCAUUCGGGUUGUUCUCUUGCUCAAUAAAUGGAGAGGAGAGAGACCAGACCCACAGAGCAGUGUUCAGGUUUAUCCCACGUCAUGCAGAUGAACUUGAACUGGACGUCGAUGACCCGCUUUUUGUGGAGGAAGAGGAGGAUGAUUACUGGUACCGUGGCUACAACAUGCGCACAGGGGCUCGGGGGAUCUUCCCUGCCUAUUAUGCUCACGAGGUCAUCGGCCAAACCAAAGACCUGAUGGCAAUGAAGAGAAACCCAGCAUGGAUGGAGAGUUUCACUGUGCAGUUUUUGGGUUCAGUUGAAGUGCCUUACCACCAAGGCAAUGGUAUCCUCUGUGCUGCAAUGCAGAAGAUCGCCAUGGCGAGGAAGAGGACAGUGCAUCUCCGUCCUCCAUCUUUGUGUGAGCUGGAAAUUAGCCUACAGGGGGUGAAGUUGAUCAUGAGUCUGGAGGAUGAGUAUGACCUCUCUGAGGAGUUUGACAGAUGUAGUCACUUCUUCCAGAUGAAAAACAUCUCUUUCUGUGGAUGCCACCCAAAAAACAACUGCUACUUCGGCUUCAUUACCAAGCACCCAGUCCUGAACAGGUUUGCGUGCCAUGUCUUUGUCUCUCAGGAGUCCAUGCGGCCUGUGGCUGAGUGUGUGGGACGUGCGUUUCAGGAGUAUUAUCAGGAGCAUCUUGAGUACGCCUGUCCCACUGAGGAUAUCUACCUGGAGUAGAGGAAGAAGAAGGAAAAAAAAAAAAAAAGGUUACCAUGGUAACCUCUGCCCAACAACAGAAGUGUGUUCCUGGCUUUGGCCACUUGGGGGCUCCUUAUGGCCUUUAAAGGGUUUAACAUAUGCCUUGAGUUCCUUUCUUUUUUUUUUUCUUCCCCCCACAUGAACUGGCCUAGACAUGUAGGUUCAAACUUGUUGAUGCAUCCAUUUGUUUCACUAUAGUUUUUUCCCCCUUCUUCAAUUUAUUCUCAUUUCUAAAACAGAUUGCUUGUUUAAUUUUGUAUGAAUUAGUACCUAGGAUUGUGGCUCGGUCGAGAUACUUUGACUUUCACCUGGUUUAGAAAAUGCCAAAACUACGACUUCACACAUUUUAAUGCAUGGCUUUGAGGGUUAUGCUCACAGGCAGAUAUACACACAGGAAAUACUUAUGUUUGAAAUUCAUUUCGAAGGAUGGGUUUCGUUUGUAAAUAUGUACUCGUUUGAUUAUUCCGAAAUACGCUGAACGAGGUUUGUACUGAAAUGGACAUCGGGACAGGUGUUGGAUUAGUGAUAUAAUGAUGCUCUGCUCGCUGUAGUUAAAGGUUAUUUGUGCAUUCUUAUUAUACCAUCCUGUAAAUACUGUAUAUUUAGUAACCAGUAGGUGACUACUCUGGACGUUCGUUACAUCACUGUAUGUACGUAGCACCUCCAUCAGCAAAUGGAAGAAUGAAGCGGUUUCGCUGGUGGCCAGGAGGGCAUGUUUGUUAGCCUGAGAAUGGAGAGCCAGGUAGCAUUGGCCAUGCACGGUCCUGUAAAUUCCUAACCUCUUACCAAAUUACUCAAGCUCAGCUAUAGCUUCCUGUUCCCAAUGACUCUCUUUUCGUGACUCUUUGUUGGCCAUCUCGUGUAAAUCUUCAGACUGUGCUUUAGUGCUUUGUGAUUCUAAGUCUCUUUAGUCACUCUCUUCGUUCAUUGAAGGCUAACAGGUUAACGUAUAGCCAGCCACUGGCACGCUGCAAUCAGACAGAUUACUUAGCAAAUAGACGAAAUUACCAGAUUACUUAGGACAAGGCCAUUCUAAAUAAGGAUAUUAAAGAUACAGUAGUGUUAAACAACAAAUAAACUGUUACAUGAAAAUCUUUCCAGUAAAACAAACAUGCAGUUUUUAGGAGGGUAAUAACAAUAAAACCAUUGCCAUCUAAAAGUACCAUUGUAUAAAUAUUUUUCAUACAUUUUUUUCCUAUAUGUCCUUUUCGGUACUAUGUAGAAGUCUUUAACCACCCCUCAUUUUUGCAUAUUUUGAUUCCCAAGAUUCCCACUUCCUGAAGGACGUUGUUCACUCUUUUCUUUAUUAAGCCACACAGUAACCUAUGUAUCAUACACAUAAAACAAACAAACAAACAAAAAUAAUCCGGUGCAGACGAUCAGGUCGGUGAUUAGUAUACUGGUGAUGCUGAAUGCUAAAUGGUUGAUACAGAUGAGAGGGGAAAUGAGGUCGCUGCUGAAGUCGUUACAUAAACAAACAAUUUUUAUAUUGCAUCUUUAGGCACUUUGCAGUCUGUCACAGUAAAACAUUCAUUCUCAUUUCUCUAAUCUACACUAUAGUGUUAAACGUGUUUGUCCAGACAGGCAAUGACAUUAUAUUCAAAUGCAUAUAUAUUUUAAUGUGGUGCCGGUCCCCCUUUUGCAGCUAUAACAGCUUCCACUUUUCCUGUAAGGCUGCCCACAGGAUUUUGCAGUGUUUCUAUGGGAAUUCGUGUUCAUUCAUUCUGUAGAGCAUUUAUGAGGUCAGGUACUGAUGUUGGACGAGAAGGCCCAGCUCGCAAUCUCCAUUCUAGUUCAUCCCAAAGGUGCUCGAUUGGGUUGAGGUCAAGUUCUUCCACACCGAACUCAUUAAACCAUGUCUUUAUAGUCCUUGCUUUGUGCACUAGGGAACAGUCCUGUUGGAAAAGAAAAGGACCUUCGCCAAACUGUUAGCAUUGUCCAAGAUGUCUUGGUAUACUGAAGCAUUAAGAUUGCCCUUCACUGGGGAUAAGGGGCAUGAUUGAUUGAAACACCUGAAUCCAAUAAUUCAGAGGUUUGGCCAAAUACGUUUAUCCAUAUAGUGUAUGUAAUUUAAUUUAAUUUAAAAAAGAAAAAAAAAAUUGGGGUGGCUCAAGACUUUUGCACAGUUCUGUACUCUUGUCAUGAACCUCAUAGUCAUGAAGUGAAAUGAUUGUAUGGUGAUAGUCAAAGGUUUUUGAGAAACUUUAUAAUUUUUGCGUACCCAAGCAAUCGGCUGAUUGAAAUACUAACAAUUUUGAAAAAUUGGACAAUCUACAGGACGUAAAGAAGAAAAACUUGGAUUGUCAUCUUGUAGUUUAUUGGAAAGAAUGUAGAUAUUAUUGUAAAAGCCAGACAUUAUCCUAGCGGGCAUAUAUUUUUAUGGUUACAGCGGAUACACUUUAAAUUAUAGACUAAAUUUGCUUGCAUGUAUUUAGCUCUAGUGUUUGAAAUAAUUUGUCUAGAAGUUUCUAUACUAUUAAAAGGAACACAACCACGGAAAUAUUAUGGCACUGAUUGGAAAUGCAGUUUAAUCUUUCUGCUUUAGUACCAGACACAAUGAAAAUGAUUUUAUUUUCUCCUUUGUAGCUCUUUCCUUAACCUUUAUAGCUUCAUGGCUAGACACAGUAGAGAGCCCUCUCCUGGCUGUCCUUAUGUACGAUUGGACUUACGGUACCAUAUGAAUUAAUUGUACGAACCAGGGAAAGCAAUGAAAUGGUAAUAGAAGGGUUAAUGGUUGGAUAUUGUACACCUUAUACUGUACAUUCUCACCUUUAAUUCUCUCCUUCGUUAGAGUUUUCUUAUUAUCUGCCACAAUGAAUUGAACGGCAUAGACAUGAAAUGAAAAAAAAAAAAGAAAUAAAAGAAAUUGUGAUUAAAAGAACUAAUAGGCCUACAAUUAGAUAAAAAAUUUAGAUUCUCUGUGUGCAGAUAUCAUUAGUAACAAGGGCCGUGAUUCUUGGCUCCUGCAGUAGGCUGGUUGUCAUCCCGGUGUCAAUAGGGUCUAGCAUCAUAGCAGUGUAACUUCUAGACUUGUCCUAAUUGCAGUGAUAGAUGAACUCACUGCAUACCACACACACACACCUAUGACCGUUUACCAGCGGCCUGCGAUCUGAUGCCAUCGUCCCUCGUCCGUUUGUGCUGAUGCCACAUGUAGGAAAGAGCUGCAGGCUUACGACUAUAAAUGUGAUCAUUUGGUGUCCGUUAGAUCGCUGUAAAUAUUCUAGUUGAGAUGAUCAUACUGUGUCCUUUCUAUUGAGUGUUACUGAACUAAAUCUGUAAAUUUAAAAUGAACAAUAGCGCUGACAACGAUAACCUUAUCACCUAUCAAGUAACAGGGGUUCAAAACUUUCAGCCGAUUUCUUUUAGCGUUUGAUCUUUCAGUUCCGCUGCUUCACACUGCUGUAUAUUUGUGGUUGAACGUUGUCACACCGUGCUGCAUAACAGACGCCUGUCAAUCAGCCGUGUACGUCUUUCAUUCAAAAACCCACGUUUCUAUGCUAACGCUAGCAGUAUCAGCCCAAGCGUUUGGUCUGACUUCUCACAGAGGUUAGCAGAGACAGAUCAGGACACUCAUCAGGACUCGACUGUUUUUCAUCAAGAUGUUAGUUCACAUUCAUGUUUGUCCGGAAAAGUAAGUGAAUUUUUGAAUGUUUUGUCUACAUUUAAGCAUUUUACAAAUCAUCCACCGGCCAUCAAACCCCCCUUUAUUUAUCGAAGCAGAGCAACUUCUGGAGUAUGUAAGCUUGGAUAGCUGAAUGACAACAAUAACUGCAAAUCUUUUGGACUGUAAUUCCAUAGUGCAGACCUUUACUGUAUAUCAAGAUGAACAGCAACAGUAUGACAUACUAGCUAUCUUGUAUCUUUAAAAAUUAAACUUGUAAAAAUCUAAAUGGAAAAAAAAAAAAUUCCCUGCCUUGUCAUGGAUUUGGUCUUAAGAAUAAAACACUAUAUGCUUGAUGUCA